AUAGGCGUACAUAAUAAGAAUUCAGUUUAACUUAUACCUAUUGUGGGAAACAUACUUCAAUUCAAAGUUUAUUCUCUAUAAGGAUUACAAUGCUGAGUUUACAGAAAUUUGGUUGUAACGUGGGAUUUACAAAUGGGAAAUAUUACGUGUAACAUGGGAUUUACAAGGAUGCUUUCCAAUAUAUUUAUAAUUGUCCAGUAUUUUUUUAAACACUAAACCCAAUAAUCUGAAGGUCAUAGUACGGUACGAUAGUUUGUGGCGUGUCGGCAGCCACACUGAAGCAAACACUGGUGUAUAAGCACUAGCAGCGGCAGCCCCAGCACUCCACCUUAAGUACAACUGAGGGUAGGAAGGAGUAGUAGAUCCCUGCAGCUUUCCGUUGAAAAGUUCUUUUAAUUCCUAUUUUCCAAGAUGGCGUCCUCAAAUAAUGUACUCGACACCAAUGCUAUGACGCUGACACGAUUCACAUUAGCUGAGCAGAAGAAAGCUCCACAUGCGACGGGCGAUCUUACUCAACUGCUUGUUAGUAUCCAGACUGCUGUCAAGGCCAUAUCUUCUGCUGUGAGGAAAGCGGGUAUCGCUCAACUGUAUGGUUUGGCUGGUGACGUGAAUGUGCAAGGAGAAGAAGUGAAAAAGUUAGAUGUUUUGGCCAACGAUCUCUUCAUCAACAUGCUCACCUCCUCCUACACCACCUGCCUCCUAGUCUCUGAGGAGAACAAAACCGUAAUUGAGGUCGAGAAAGAACGCCAGGGAAAGUACAUUGUCUGCUUUGAUCCUCUUGACGGUUCAUCCAACAUAGAUUGUUUGGUGUCCAUUGGUUCAAUAUUCUCCAUAUACAGGAAGUCUUCAGAUGGUGAUCCCACAGUAAAUGAUGCACUUCAGCCAGGAAACACCUUGGUGGCAGCAGGUUAUGCUCUGUAUGGGUCAGCCACUAUGAUGGUUAUAUCUACUGGAGAUGGAGUUAAUGGAUUUAUGCUGGACCCUAGCAUCGGAGAGUUUGUGCUAACAGAUCCUGGUAUGAAAAUAAAAGAAAAGGGCAAGAUUUAUAGCUUAAAUGAAGGGUAUGCAAAUCUCUGGGACCCAGCAGUUGCAGAAUAUGUCCUAGGAAAGAAGGCUAAGAAAGCAGGAGCCAGAUAUAUCGGCUCAAUGGUUGCUGAUGUUCACCGUACUAUUAAGUAUGGUGGGAUCUUCAUGUACCCUGCUACAGCAGAUUCCCCCAAAGGAAAGAUAUUGUGCCAACAGACAUUCAUCAACGCACACCCAUCUUCCUUGGCUCAGCUGGUGACGUACAGGAAAUCAUUGAUCUCUACACAAAGCACAAUCUUUAGGGUGAUACUGUAAUUUUGCUUGUAUGUAAACACAAUACCUGUUGAGAUGAAACUAGCUAUGAUUAAGUAAACAUACACACCACAAUAUGUACUUUUUAUUCAUUAAGUUCAGUGUCCUGUAUUGAUGUUAGAAAAUGUAAGAUUAAAUAAAUUGGUGCAUCAAG